ACCUGUCUGCCGCCUCAGUCUCAGCUGAGCGCCCCCUCCUUCGGAGCACACACCACCCCUGCCGCCCAAGAAGUGCCCCAGCCCCGCGCCGGCGACCCACCAUGGCGGAGACCAACAACGAAUGUAGCAUCAAGGUGCUCUGCCGAUUUCGGCCCCUGAACCAGGCCGAGAUUCUGCGGGGAGACAAGUUCAUCCCCAUUUUCCAAGGGGACGACAGCGUCGUUAUUGGGGGGAAGCCAUAUGUCUUUGACCGUGUAUUCCCCCCAAACACGACUCAGGAGCAAGUUUAUCACGCAUGUGCCAUGCAGAUUGUCAAAGAUGUCCUUGCUGGCUACAAUGGCACCAUUUUUGCUUAUGGACAGACAUCCUCAGGGAAAACACAUACCAUGGAGGGAAAGCUGCAUGACCCCCAGCUGAUGGGAAUCAUUCCUCGAAUUGCUCGAGACAUCUUCAACCACAUCUACUCCAUGGAUGAGAACCUUGAGUUCCACAUCAAGGUUUCUUACUUUGAGAUUUACCUGGACAAAAUUCGUGACCUUCUGGAUGUGACCAAGACCAAUCUGUCUGUGCACGAGGACAAGAACCGGGUGCCAUUUGUCAAGGGUUGUACUGAACGCUUUGUGUCCAGCCCAGAGGAAAUUUUGGAUGUAAUUGAUGAAGGGAAAUCAAAUCGUCAUGUGGCUGUCACCAACAUGAAUGAACACAGCUCUCGAAGCCACAGCAUCUUCCUCAUCAACAUCAAGCAGGAGAACAUGGAGACUGAACAGAAGCUCAGUGGGAAGCUGUAUCUAGUGGACCUGGCAGGGAGCGAGAAGGUCAGCAAGACUGGAGCAGAGGGAGCCGUGCUGGACGAGGCGAAAAACAUCAACAAGUCACUGUCGGCCCUGGGGAACGUGAUCUCUGCACUGGCUGAGGGCACUAAAAGCUAUGUUCCAUAUCGUGACAGCAAAAUGACACGGAUUCUCCAGGACUCUCUAGGAGGAAACUGCCGGACGACUAUGUUCAUCUGCUGCUCACCAUCUAGUUACAAUGAUGCAGAGACCAAGUCCACCCUGAUGUUUGGGCAGCGGGCAAAGACCAUUAAGAACACUGCCUCAGUGAAUCUGGAGUUGACUGCUGAGCAGUGGAAGAAGAAAUAUGAGAAGGAGAAGGAGAAGACAAAGGUCCAGAAGGAGACGAUUGCAAAGCUGGAGGCUGAGCUGAGCCGGUGGCGCAAUGGAGAGAAUGUGCCAGAGACAGAGCGCCUGGCUGGGGAGGAUGCAGCCUUGGGAGCUGAGGUCUGCGAGGAGACCCCUGUGAAUGACAACUCAUCCAUCGUGGUACGCAUUGCACCCGAGGAGCGGCAAAAGUAUGAGGAGGAGAUCCGCCGCCUCUAUAAGCAGCUUGAUGAUAAGGAUGAUGAGAUCAACCAGCAGAGCCAACUCAUAGAGAAGCUCAAGCAGCAGAUGCUGGACCAGGAAGAGCUGCUGGUGUCCACUCGAGGAGACAACGAGAAGGUCCAGAGAGAGCUGAGCCACCUGCAGUCAGAGAAUGAUGCUGCUAAGGAUGAGGUGAAGGAAGUGCUGCAGGCACUGGAGGAGCUGGCGGUGAACUAUGACCAGAAGUCCCAGGAGGUGGAGGAAAAGAGCCAGCAGAACCAGCUUCUGGUGGAUGAGCUGUCUCAGAAGGUGGCCACCAUGCUGUCCCUGGAGUCUGAGCUGCAGCGGCUACAGGAGGUCAGUGGGCACCAGCGAAAACGAAUUGCUGAGGUGUUGAACGGGCUGAUGAAGGACCUGAGUGAAUUCAGUGUCAUCGUGGGCAACGGGGAGAUUAAGCUGCCAGUGGAGAUCAGUGGGGCCAUCGAGGAAGAGUUCACCGUGGCCCGACUCUACAUCAGCAAGAUCAAAUCGGAAGUCAAGUCUGUGGUCAAGCGUUGUCGGCAGCUGGAGAACCUCCAGGUGGAAUGUCACCGCAAGAUGGAAGUGACUGGGCGGGAACUCUCAUCCUGCCAGCUCCUUAUCUCCCAACACGAGGCCAAGAUCCGCUCACUUACAGAAUACAUGCAGAGUGUGGAGCUAAAGAAGCGGCACCUGGAAGAGUCCUAUGACUCCCUGAGUGAUGAGCUGGCCAAGCUCCAGGCCCAGGAAACGGUGCAUGAAGUGGCCCUGAAGGACAAGGAGCCAGACACACAGGAUGCAGAUGAAGUGAAGAAGGCCCUGGAGCUGCAGAUGGAGAGUCACAGAGAGGCCCAUCACCGGCAGCUGGCCCGGCUCCGUGACGAGAUCAACGAGAAGCAGAAGACCAUCGACGAGCUCAAAGACCUCAACCAGAAGCUCCAGUUAGAGCUAGAGAAGCUUCAGGCUGACUAUGAGAAGCUGAAGAAUGAGGAACAUGAGAAGAGCACAAAACUACAGGAGCUGACAUUUCUGUACGAGCGACAUGAGCAGUCCAAGCAGGACCUCAAGGGUCUGGAGGAGACAGUUGCCCGGGAACUCCAGACCCUCCACAACCUUCGCAAGCUGUUCGUUCAAGACGUCACGACUCGAGUCAAGAAAAGUGCAGAAAUGGAGCCCGAGGACAGUGGGGGGAUUCACUCCCAAAAACAGAAGAUUUCCUUUCUUGAGAACAACCUGGAACAGCUUACAAAGGUUCACAAACAGUUGGUACGUGACAAUGCAGAUCUGCGUUGUGAGCUUCCUAAAUUGGAAAAACGACUUAGGGCUACGGCUGAGAGAGUUAAGGCCCUGGAGGGUGCACUGAAGGAGGCCAAGGAGGGCGCCAUGAAGGACAAGCGCCGGUACCAGCAGGAGGUGGACCGCAUCAAGGAGGCCGUUCGGUACAAGAGCUCGGGCAAGCGGGGCCAUUCUGCCCAGAUUGCCAAACCUGUCCGGCCUGGCCACUACCCAGCCUCUUCACCCACCAACCCCUAUGGCACCCGGAGCCCUGAGUGCAUCAGUUAUACCAACAGCCUCUUCCAGAACUACCAGAAUUUGUACCUGCAGGCCACACCCAGCUCCACCUCAGAUAUGUACUUUGGAAACUCCUGUACCACCAGUGGAGCCACAUCUUCUGGUGGCCCCUUGGCUUCCUACCAGAAGGUCAGCAUGGACAAUGGAAAUGCCACAGAUAUCAAUGACAAUAGGAGCGACCUGCCAUGUGGCUAUGAGGCUGAGGACCAGGCCAAGCUUUUCCCUCUUCACCAAGAGACAGCAGCCAGCUAAUCUCCCACACCGACUGCUCCAUACCUGCACUUUCAGUUUCUAAGAGGGACUGAGGCCUCUUCUCUCAGCAUGCUGCAAACCUGUGGUCUCUGAUACUAACUCCCUCCCCAACCCCUGUUGUUCGACUGUACUAUGUUUGAUGUCUACUCUUACUUACUCUGUAUCUCUUUGUACUCUGUAUCUAUAUAUCAAAAGCUGCUGCUAUGUCUCUCCUC